AUGGCGACACCGGGCACAAGAACUUCACGCACUUGGAAAAAUCUUCAAUCAGUCAUCGAGGUAUGCCCUGAAGCUUGGAAGGGCGAACUUGAACCCCUUCUCCGAGGCGCUCCAAAUGCGGAGAUUGCUGAGGCCGUGGCCAAGCUCAUUCAACGCGUUAUUCAACAUGUGGAAUAUCAACAAAAAUGGCAUCGCUUGAAGCUUUGGAAGCAGCAGAUGCGGAACAAUGUCAGUGCGUCCUCUUCUUGGCGAAAGAAACAGCAAGCACUCAAGGACAAUCCGUAUUUACGCGAUCACAAACAUUAUUCUUCUGUUGUUAUGAAGGUCGGCAAUGCUUUCACCAUCGACCCAUCUCGACAACUUCGUUCACUAGUACAAGAAUGGGACAAAGUGUUCGGUAAACACCGUAAAAACCCUCCUACGACUUGGGCUUUUGUUCAACAUUAUGGCCCUUUCCUCAAGCGGGAGCCUCAUGACCUUGACGAGCUGCAGCAACAGGACAUUCUGGAAACGGUGUUAUCUUUGAAGCCCAGUGCGGCGGGUUUGGAUGGUUGGCGGCCUCAGGAUUUAAGACUGCUGGGAAACACAUGCCCACAGCUCUUUCAGUACCUGGCACGGCUUAUGAACAUGUGUGAAAAACUGGCUACUUGGCCUCGCAGCUGGACUGUGGGAUAUGUGGCAAUGUUGCCCAAAAACUUGAACUCGCAAGGACAAGUAGAAAGUGCAUAUGACAUGAGACCAAUUACUGUACUAAGCGCAUUAUACCGCUUAUGGAGUCGCACUCGCUGUCCACACAUCAUGCCGUGGAUUCUCCGUAUACUACCUCCCGAAGUCUACGCACUACGUCCAGGGCAAGGUGCCGAUGAUUUAGCAGUUGAUGUGAGUUAUUUGUUGGAGGUUGCCGAAAAAGAUGAUCACUGGAGCGCUGGACUGUCAUACGACUUUUCCAAAUGCUACGAUCACAUCCUUCCCAACCUUGCCAUCGACACUUUAACUUACAGAGGAGCUCCUCUGUCGGUCAUACAGGGCUUGCGGGGCUUUUACAAGUCCCACAAAAAGCACUUCAAACUUGGUCAGGCGUUCAGUGAAGCAUAUACUCCAUCCAAUGGCAUCAUACAAGGAGAUCCUUUGAGCAACAUCCUUUUAGCCAGUCUGAUUGCAUGCUGGUUGGAACGGUUACAACACGGUCACUUUGGUCAAGCUCGCGCGAAAAUUGUGCCCAAGGCCUAUGUGGACGAUAUUUCUGCAACUGUUAUUGCCGAGGACCUACGACACUUACGUGCAGGAUUGCGCUCCACGCACGAAAACGUGCAAACUUUUUCGACACUCUCUGGUAGUAAGCUCAAUCCCGGCAAAUGUUUCACGUAUGGGGAUCCUCAUGUUGCCAAUCUUCUGCCUGACAUACCAAAUCACAAAGAAGCAUUUCGACUCGUCGGAGGAAGCAUUGUUUGUGGCACCGCAUCGUCAUGGACAUCACUUAUGCAACAACGCGUGGACGGCUGGUUGGCAUCAGUUCGGGCUUGCAGUCUUCUUCCGCUUGGAUGGCGAGCCAGGCUUCUCGCACAACAACAAUUGAUGAAUCGGUUAACAUGGGGUCAAGGUACUCAUGAUCUUUAUAUUCCGCAAUCGCGCAUUACGACCAUGCGAGCCUCGAUGACGCGAGCACUUCUUCGCAUCAGCUACUACAGCCUCACGCCCAUGGUUCUGUACACUGUAGUCGUUAUGCCCACUUUGGAACCGCUUUUUGCCAUGAACUUUGCCGCUCUACGAUCACUUCAGCGAUUCUGCUCCAAAGCUCCCCAACGCCAAUAUAUCAACAACAAUCUUCAUUCUGUCCCCGGACAACAGAAAGGCCCUCUACGUCGUGCCCAGCAACUGUUUUCGGACCCCGUUUACAGACCUGCAGUCCAACAAAUUUUACAAUUAUCCGACAAGGAUCGUUCCUGGGAACAUAAUCUCCGUGAACGUUGGCGUGAACACCAUCUGCGACAAAUUCCUCACUCACGUCAAGAUUUCCAGGGCAUUGAGCGGGCGGACAGGACAAAAGCUACAGCUCUUCUUCAUGAUCUACAUCUGCAAUCCGAUGGCUUGCAGCUCCUUCUUGAUCGCGGCAUUCCGGGCCCUCACUUUGAAAAAGAUCCUAGACCGCGAAGCAAAAUCCUCAUUUACAUCUUGACGGGUGGCCUCAUGUGUCCUUCACGCGAUGGUCGUCAUAGACAGCAACAGUCUGUGCUCUGUCCAGUAUGUAAAGUGCCCAACGAAGUUUUACAUAUUCACUGGAAUUGCAAGCGUUACAGCGCUGAAAGGGCUCCAAUCCAACAUCUGAGGCAGCGCAUUUUGCGCAGCCCUCAGUGCUUUCGUUAUGCCGCCAUUCCCACAACCCGUAUGUCUUUCACGCUCAAAGAGAUCAAACAGAUCCAAGACGUGCUCAUUGAUAUAUGGCAAAAACACAUCAGGGAGUGGCACGAUACGGACAUUAACGGUCCAGAUCCUCCUGAUGAUCAAGCUCCUCCACCCCCAACAGACAAUACUCAAGGUAAUGGAUUGCCUUCUGGGAGUCAAACAAGUCCGCCACCUUCGCAGCCAUCAUCCAGCAACGCGCCAGUGAACCCGCAUUCAUCCGACCGAGAACAGCGCGGUCAUCGGAUACGGUAUCAUGGAGGGGGCGCUUUUUGCGUCAAAUGUGGCAAAUGCACAUCGCGCUUGGAACAUCUCAAUCUGCGUAUUCUCAAAAACAAAUGUCCAUUUCCGAAUCUUCCACCCAGCGCUUGGAUGGACACUCCUGGUAAGAUCAAUGCCAAAGCUCGUUUGGACAAGUUGGAGCGAGAUAUGAACACCAAGUACAACAUCCCAAAACACAGUUUGGUUUGGAACCGAAAGCUUGGAAAGGAGCCAAAAGACGAAGACUCAUACGGUAAGCUUUGGUGCCGUUUGUGUGGUCGCACGUUUGCGUGGCGCUACAGACACAACAACCUUCCCAAGACUGUAUGUCGACCUCUCGACAACAAGCCUAGCCCACCCGAAUGGGUCACAGCUAUGACUGCUGCCGAAGUAAGCCAAGACAUGACUAUGCAUGGCCUUUCAUUUUCUACCGAGUUCACGAGCCCUGCCAAAACCCGCAAUCAUGAUGCACACGUUGGCCAGCGCAUAGGCGAAGCGUCGCAGCCUGGGCCGGCGCCUCAGAUCGGUCUGGACUUUGGCCCCAACUUUGCAGCGCAGCUCCAGGCCUUCAUACAGGAAGCCGUGCAGCAGGCGUUACGUGAAGCUUUGAAAGGACUUCAGCUUGGCGGGUUGUUAGGUUUGGGUUCGCUGCACGGUGCCCCUGCUGCUGUUGGACCCGCUGCUCCUAACGCUUCGAGCGCCGCCACUCAAGCAGAUCCUGCAAAAGACUCGAUGCAGACAGAUGGCAAAGAGCCUCCGCCGAACGCCAAACGACAGCGGACAACGAUUCGCCAGACACCGCAGGGCCUGACUCUGCUUUCUCAACCGCGGGAUGGCGAUUGCCUCUUUCAUUCGUUCCAAGCAGGGCUUCAGUGGCUCAACCGCAAAAAGAAAGGGUAUGAUGCCCCGCACCCGCACGAAUUGCGCGCGCGCAUGAUUGAUCAUUUGCAGCGCCAUUCUGAUCGCUACCAGGCGCCCUGGGAGGCCGCUGGAAAGAUUGGGCCCAGCGGCUCCGAGCUCGAGGAUUGGAAGGCCUUUCUUGAAGCAGCGGGCAAGCCCGGCGCCUAUGCUGGGGAAACUGAGCUGAAAGCAUUAUGCCGAAUCUAUGAUGUGCGGGUGAUUCUUGUACCCGAAGACUCGCAUUUUGCUGUAUGCACCUAUCAUAGAGGUUGUUCUAAGCGCCGCACGAUUGCUAUCUUCUAUAGUGAAAAGCACUUCGACUUUUUGCAACCUGAGGAAUCGAAAAAUUACCCCGAUGAUGUCUUGAAUGUUGACGUUGAUCCCACCGGAGGCUUCCUAGUUGGUGGGGUGUCGGAGGCUGGGACGGUUUUCACUCGCUCUAAGACGUCGGGAGCGGGGCGGACAAGUGACCGCAAAGCAGUCUCGUCUCGUGCAUCGUCCGUGGGCUCCGGCCGCACUGUUUUCACUUGUGAUCGGGCGUCCAAGGUCAGCACCGUUUGGACGCGAGACCCCAGUGCCAAGCCUAAUCCUGUGAAGGUGCCUCAGGCGGUUGCUGGUGUUGCGAGCGCACGGGCCUCCACCAAAGCCCGCGCUUCUGGAAGCAUGGCCACUGUGUUUACUCGUGCUGCCCCUUGCCCUGGUGAACACACGAAGCCGCCUGCCUCCUCUUCUCAAGUGGCCAUGAAGCAGCCGUUUCCUCCCGCGCAUGCGUUUGUCGGUCGAGGGCUCGAUGUUAUCUCCAGCCGUGGGUUAGGCGACUGCAACGAGGACCACGAUGACGACCUCAGUCAAGACCUCUCGGGUUGCGAGCCCGAUGAUGCCAAGGGCUUUGCCGCAGACUGCCGCCGACGCGCUUUGCAGAAGGCUGCUGAGCAACGGAUGUACUUGAGUGCCAUUGAUGGGGCUAUCCAAGCUGUUCAGAAGCGAUACAUUUCGGAGUGGAAAGCGCUGGGUUAUCAUGCCAUGCUUAGCCCGCACGAGGAGGACAAAGGCUUGCACAGGGUCGCUCUGAUAUCUGCGGCCCCGGCGAGGGCGAUCGCUCUUCCGCUUCAGAAAGCUCGCACCAGGACUGUGGCAGCCCUCGUGGACACCGUUGAGGACUCCUGUGAUGGCACUGUGACCCAACUGCUCCUGCUGGCUUUUUACGGCUAUCCGGGUGACGUCACGGCCACUGCGGAGGCUUUCGAUGAAGUGCUGUCGGCAGCCCUCGCCUUUGGGGGCCGCUUUGCCAUCUGGGGCGACUUCAAUGCUGUGCAACAGGAAGGCCCCUUCCCCCGUGCCUUUGCUAGAGGGCCGAUGUCCCUACAGCCGCCUGAUGCGGCCACCGUGCACGACCGUUUCUUGCAACUUUGGGAUCCGACGGCCUUUGAGGCUCUUGUUCAGGAAGCGUCCUUGGAUGAUGCAUGGGUCAUGCUUUCCGAUGUUGCGGAGAAAGCCCUGAAAGGCACUGAUCUUGAUGGCGACCCCGGGAUUUCUCGCAGUGCUAGCUGGGAUCCGCGCCCCCGUCGGGCAACGGCCUCAAGGGCUGGAGCACAUGGGCACGAGUCCGCGGCCCUUCGAACGGUGAGAAAAUUCUCGGCGCGAAUCCACCAACUGUGUGCGCAGCAGCACUCUGAGCCACUUAGGCGUGCGGUGCAGCGCUCCUUGUGCCAGCUUCGCCAAUAUUUUGAAAAUGUCCCUUAUGUUGACUUGCAUUCCCCGUGGCAGGCGGCUGAGUGGGCCAAGCAGGCGUGCCAGGACUUGGAAACCCAGGAAAAGGAGGCCAAACUUCAGCGCUGGAAGCUGGAUGUUAAAGAUGAUGAGCGUAAGGCUCGGUCCUGGAUCAAGCGAAAAGCUCGGCAGGCGAUUGAUGCAGAGAAGCCGGCGGCUCCUGUUGACAACUUGCCGCAUGCAGUGCACCCUGCCCGCGUGGUGCAACAGCAAAGCCGCGCAUGGAUGCACAAAUGGACCUCUCGCCCCAGAACUCAGGAGCAAGAGAGGCUACUGACGCACGUGCUGGACAGUGUGUCGCCAGGCCACCACCACGACAUGACCAUCCAACUUGAAGCCGAUGAUCUCCUGCGGUCCGCCAGGUCCAUGAAAGGGAAAAUGGAAGGUCCGGAUUUUUGGACCGCUGACCUUCUUUUGCAGAUGCCGUUAUUGUGGUGGCAGCAUUUUGCCAAACUUUGGACGGCGGUCGUGAGCACGUCGGUCGUUCCCCAGGCCUGGCGCAAAUCCUGGGUGCUUCUACUUGAUAAAAAGAUCAAUGAGACGCGGCCGAUAAGCAUCAGCCCCGUUGCAUGGAGGAUUGGAGCGAAGGCUCUGAAUCGCAAACUCCUGCCUUGGCUCAACUCCUUCCUUGAUCACCGUGCCCUGGGGUCUGCCCCGCACAGGUCGGCCAGUGAUGUGCACGCCAGGCUCUACCUGGCCAUGCAGCAAAACUGCAGUACCUUUGUGCAACAAGAUCUUAGUUCCUUCUUCGAUUCACUCGACCAUAAUGCUAUGGCUCGCGCCCUGACGAGGCUCGGAGCCCCUAACUGCUUUGUGAACCUUUUUAAAGCCUUCUACACCGACUCCCGUCGUCUGUUUCGAGUGGCCUCAUACUUCACGCCUAGCUGGCAAACAGCCACCCAGGGAUGCCUACAAGGCUGCCCGCUCAGCCCCACGGUGGCCCUGUGCUAUGCAUGGUUUCAUUUGGCAACCUGCUACGGAGUCCGCUGGACGAGCGCUCGCCGAAGCUCUCGACAAAAGUGCGACCAAACGCUCCAGGCACUCUGGCAUCGCAAGUACCCCAGGCAGACUGCACUGCAUACGCUGGGAAUUGUGAUUGAUGUUGAUACACGCGAGUCCACCCUGCUCAAGCUCUCCUUGAAAAUGGUGCUCUUGAGACUGCGAUACAUUCGCAUGCUCAACUCGCCGAUCGACAUGCAGCGGAGGCUGAUCCGUGCGGGUGGCGAGUCGCUGAAGAUGGCGGGGCCAUACAACGACGUGAUGACGACCAAAAUGUGCGCACUUUCCGUUUUGGCUACGAUAAUCUUUCGGUUCUCAAAAUGUAGGGGCGGCCCCUUGGAUGUGCAACGAGCGGCCGUGGCUUCGGGUAACUCCACUUGGCAUGUUGCUAAGCGAAUACAGGGCUUCACUCAGCCACAAGUUUGCCCGUGUGGACUCCGCGCGCCCAGCAGGGCGCACCUUACUUGGAAUUGCGAUGCCUUGACGCCUGUUUCCGUUCUGGGACAGCUGCCACGCACCAGAGCAGGCGAGAGACUGUUCGCUGCUGAGGUCCCGGAGUUUCCGCCGGCCGUUGGUGGGGACCCCUGGAGAGGUGCGGCGUCCGCCCUUGCACGACGACUGGACGACGUCACCCUUUCGGCCCCAGAGGAUGGGUGUGGCGAUGUCCUCCUCGCAACUGAUGGCUCUAGCAAGCAUCAGGUGGGCUCGGCGGCGGUGGUGCAUGGUGAUGCUGACUUCGUAGCCACCGACAGCAAUGAGGACCAGAUGCCUUUCACUUGUGAACUCAAAGCCCUGCGACUUGUAUCGGCUGCUUUCCUUCAGGUGACUGUCAUCGCUGGGCGCCGCUUCUGUGUGUUGUCAGACUGCCAAGGGGCCCUUGAUGCUCUUGAGAACCCUCUUCAGUGUGCGCUGCCUCUGCUCGCUGCAGAAGUCUCGCGAAAUCUGCAGUCUGCCAGGGCCCUGGGUCACCAAAUUGACCUUGCUUGGAUACCCUCGCAUGGCAAACAACAAAGUUGGAAGCCUCCGGCGAGCUGGAGUUUCUCGGUUGCAGAGUGCCGCGCCUUGAAUGAUCAAGCGGACAGGGCGGCUGAAACCGCUCGUGAAGCUCAUGCUGCCAGGUGUCGGAGGGUCCAGUGGUGGUCCCGGUGGCAGGCUGCAAAAGAAUGGGAAAUGGCUGCCAUCACACACUCGGCUACUGCAGCUGGUGCUUUGGAUGCCCAUUACCGCCGGGCCAUGGAGCCGGCCGCCGCAGACCAAGAUGGUCUCAAGCUUGUGCUUCCCUCUUGUGCUACUGACGCUUGCGUGGCUGCACCGAAGCCUGCCUUCGUGUGCCACGAACGGAUGCCCCUCAUCGGCGACCCACAGGUGUCGUUGCUUUCUUGCAACUUGACAGCUUUUGUGCGAAACUGCCUGCAACAGCCGAACACCAAAGUGCCACUGCGGAGAGUCGUUGAGUGGGACUUCGGCAAGCUCACGCUCUUCCAGGACUUGCUGGGGCGAGCCUCUGCACCCAAAACUACCAAGGUGAAAACAGGCCCGCACGAGGAGGACAAAGGCUUGCACAGGGUCGCUCUGAUAUCUGCGGCCCCGGCGAGGGCGAUCGCUCUUCCGCUUCAGAAAGCUCGCACCAGGACUGUGGCAGCCCUCGUGGACACCGUUGAGGACUCCUGUGAUGGCACUGUGACCCAACUGCUCCUGCUGGCUUUUUACGGCUAUCCGGGUGACGUCACGGCCACUGCGGAGGCUUUCGAUGAAGUGCUGUCGGCAGCCCUCGCCUUUGGGGGCCGCUUUGCCAUCUGGGGCGACUUCAAUGCUGUGCAACAGGAAGGCCCCUUCCCCCGUGCCUUUGCUAGAGGGCCGAUGUCCCUACAGCCGCCUGAUGCGGCCACCGUGCACGACCGUUUCUUGCAACUUUGGGAUCCGACGGCCUUUGAGGCUCUUGUUCAGGAAGCGUCCUUGGAUGAUGCAUGGGUCAUGCUUUCCGAUGUUGCGGAGAAAGCCCUGAAAGGCACUGAUCUUGAUGGCGACCCCGGGAUUUCUCGCAGUGCUAGCUGGGAUCCGCGCCCCCGUCGGGCAACGGCCUCAAGGGCUGGAGCACAUGGGCACGAGUCCGCGGCCCUUCGAACGGUGAGAAAAUUCUCGGCGCGAAUCCACCAACUGUGUGCGCAGCAGCACUCUGAGCCACUUAGGCGUGCGGUGCAGCGCUCCUUGUGCCAGCUUCGCCAAUAUUUUGAAAAUGUCCCUUAUGUUGACUUGCAUUCCCCGUGGCAGGCGGCUGAGUGGGCCAAGCAGGCGUGCCAGGACUUGGAAACCCAGGAAAAGGAGGCCAAACUUCAGCGCUGGAAGCUGGAUGUUAAAGAUGAUGAGCGUAAGGCUCGGUCCUGGAUCAAGCGAAAAGCUCGGCAGGCGAUUGAUGCAGAGAAGCCGGCGGCUCCUGUUGACAACUUGCCGCAUGCAGUGCACCCUGCCCGCGUGGUGCAACAGCAAAGCCGCGCAUGGAUGCACAAAUGGACCUCUCGCCCCAGAACUCAGGAGCAAGAGAGGCUACUGACGCACGUGCUGGACAGUGUGUCGCCAGGCCACCACCACGACAUGACCAUCCAACUUGAAGCCGAUGAUCUCCUGCGGUCCGCCAGGUCCAUGAAAGGGAAAAUGGAAGGUCCGGAUUUUUGGACCGCUGACCUUCUUUUGCAGAUGCCGUUAUUGUGGUGGCAGCAUUUUGCCAAACUUUGGACGGCGGUCGUGAGCACGUCGGUCGUUCCCCAGGCCUGGCGCAAAUCCUGGGUGCUUCUACUUGAUAAAAAGAUCAAUGAGACGCGGCCGAUAAGCAUCAGCCCCGUUGCAUGGAGGAUUGGAGCGAAGGCUCUGAAUCGCAAACUCCUGCCUUGGCUCAACUCCUUCCUUGAUCACCGUGCCCUGGGGUCUGCCCCGCACAGGUCGGCCAGUGAUGUGCACGCCAGGCUCUACCUGGCCAUGCAGCAAAACUGCAGUACCUUUGUGCAACAAGAUCUUAGUUCCUUCUUCGAUUCACUCGACCAUAAUGCUAUGGCUCGCGCCCUGACGAGGCUCGGAGCCCCUAACUGCUUUGUGAACCUUUUUAAAGCCUUCUACACCGACUCCCGUCGUCUGUUUCGAGUGGCCUCAUACUUCACGCCUAGCUGGCAAACAGCCACCCAGGGAUGCCUACAAGGCUGCCCGCUCAGCCCCACGGUGGCCCUGUGCUAUGGUUUCAUUUGGAGCCAGUACUGCGCUACCAGCUCUGUUGAAUGUGCAAUAUAUGUGGAUGAUAGAAUUCUGUGGCUCAGGCAACCUGCUACGGAGUCCGCUGGACGAGCGCUCGCCGAAGCUCUCGACAAAAGUGACCUUGUGGAUAAAGCUUUUGGGCUGAGCUGCCGUCCCGAAAAAUGCGCGUUGGUCGCCCCUGCAGGCGACCAAACGCUCCAGGCACUCUGGCAUCGCAAGUACCCCAGGCAGACUGCACUGCAUACGCUGGGAAUUGUGAUUGAUGUUGAUACACGCGAGUCCACCCUGCUCAAGCUCUCCUUGAAAAUGGUGCUCUUGAGACUGCGAUACAUUCGCAUGCUCAACUCGCCGAUCGACAUGCAGCGGAGGCUGAUCCGUGCGGGUGGCGAGUCGCUGAAGAUGGCGGGGCCAUACAACGACGUGAUGACGACCAAAAUGUGCGCACUUUCCGUUUUGGCUACGAUAAUCUUUCAAAAUGGCUUCACUCAGCCACAAGUUUGCCCGUGUGGACUCCGCGCGCCCAGCAGGGCGCACCUUACUUGGAAUUGCGAUGCCUUGACGCCUGUUUCCGUUCUGGGACAGCUGCCACGCACCAGAGCAGGCGAGAGACUGUUCGCUGCUGAGGUCCCGGAGUUUCCGCCGGCCGUUGGUGGGGACCCCUGGAGAGGUGCGGCGUCCGCCCUUGCACGACGACUGGACGACGUCACCCUUUCGGCCCCAGAGGAUGGGUGUGGCGAUGUCCUCCUCGCAACUGAUGGCUCUAGCAAGCAUCAGGUGGGCUCGGCGGCGGUGGUGCAUGGUGAUGCUGACUUCGUAGCCACCGACAGCAAUGAGGACCAGAUGCCUUUCACUUGUGAACUCAAAGCCCUGCGACUUGUAUCGGCUGCUUUCCUUCAGGUGACUGUCAUCGCUGGGCGCCGCUUCUGUGUGUUGUCAGACUGCCAAGGGGCCCUUGAUGCUCUUGAGAACCCUCUUCAGUGUGCGCUGCCUCUGCUCGCUGCAGAAGUCUCGCGAAAUCUGCAGUCUGCCAGGGCCCUGGGUCACCAAAUUGACCUUGCUUGGAUACCCUCGCAUGGCAAACAACAAAGUUGGAAGCCUCCGGCGAGCUGGAGUUUCUCGGUUGCAGAGUGCCGCGCCUUGAAUGAUCAAGCGGACAGGGCGGCUGAAACCGCUCGUGAAGCUCAUGCUGCCAGGUGUCGGAGGGUCCAGUGGUGGUCCCGGUGGCAGGCUGCAAAAGAAUGGGAAAUGGCUGCCAUCACACACUCGGCUACUGCAGCUGGUGCUUUGGAUGCCCAUUACCGCCGGGCCAUGGAGCCGGCCGCCGCAGACCAAGAUGGUCUCAAGCUUGUGCUUCCCUCUUGUGCUACUGACGCUUGCGUGGCUGCACCGAAGCCUGCCUUCGUGUGUGUCGUUGCUUUCUUGCAACUUGACAGCUUUUGUGCGAAACUGCCUGCAACAGCCGAACACCAAAGUGCCACUGCGGCGCCUUGCCUGUCCGCGUUGAGUAGUUCGCAGACUCGUGAUGGCCGUGUCACGACUAGGUGUGCAUAUGUUUCUGAAGCCUUGUGGCCUUUCGCUUGCUGUACAGCUUUCGCGAUCGCUCUUGGCUUCUGGUGUCUCCACGGGACUGAGCCCGGGCAACGGUUGGCCCCAACAACCGGCGAACAUUCUCCACCGAGCGCCAUGGCUCCGUCCUCCGGCGGUGCGCGGUGCGGCUUUUUGGCAGACAUUACACGACGCUGGCUCCUCAUGGAGCGCAUUCUUCACGAAGGUCCUUCUGGCUUGGGGAAGGAAGGGCGACUUUCUAGCAAUAUGGCUGGCUUGGGAAGCUGGUCAAAGGGGAUGGCAUCCGCAGAGCUUGGGGCUCUGGAUGCCUUUGAGUUCCGAGUUGCUCUCCAGACCUUGGUUGGCGAGAUCCUCGUGAAGAAGAAACAAAGAGCUGCCCUCUUGGCACGGUUCAAGUGGCCCUACCUGUGCCACAGCUGGUUGUGGAGCGAUGGGCAUGCCUUCGGCAUCUGCGGCGAGACAACCACUGAGGAUGAGUUUGCUGCUCUGGGUGGCAACCUUGCUUUAGUGUCACAGACUCCGGCUAACGAGCGGCCAGCUGGGCCACGCAAAGGUCCCAAGGGCACUGAGCGCUCCAAGGGCGGUGGCAAGCACCCAGCCAAGCGUGAUGCCACGCCUGCCAAAUCACGUGAAGACCCCGCUGGUCCUUUGCAUGCAGCGCAACCGCAGCCCUGCCGAGGCAAAGGCAAAGGCAGCCCUACGGCGCAGCCCUCCGGCUCCGGAUGGAAUCUGGUCACCCGCAAGCCCAAGGAGGAGGGAGAGUUUCAGCUCCGAGCCCAAGAUUGGACAGCCCCUUUAGUUGCUUACUCCAGCUUGGGAAAUCUCAUCGACAAGGCCGCACCAGGUGAGGUCAUCAAGGGCGUGGUGUUUGCCACCAAACCCCAGCUUGACACUGCCACUGCCAUGCUGAAGUCGUCUGGCAAGCCGUUUGCCAUGUUGCACAUAUAUCUUGAUAAAGGCACCAAUGCUAAGCGUAUCCCAGGUCGUAUUGGUGAUGCUCUGCGUUUCCGCACAGCCCAGGUGAUUCAGGUGAACAGUGCCAAGGAACACCUCACCCCGGAUCCACAGGGCCUGACAGCCCCGGUGAAGGUCAAAUCACUCCAGACCUCCCUGGUCUACAUGCGCAUCCCCAAGGUGUUUGCCAGCGAGCAAACCUGGAAGGAUUUCAAGGGCAAUGCUGCCAAGGCUUGCAUGCAGUGGGCCGGUUCUCAUCAUGUGCAAGGAGUUGACGCUUUUGGUUGGGUUGAAGAGCAGAUCAAGACCACCAAGACGUCGCAACUGUUUGGCCUGCUCAGGGUCCCUUCUGCUGAUGUUGGUACCCUGCUGGGCCGUUCUGGCCAACGAGGGAUCUUUGUUGAACCAGCCCGUCGGGAUGUUGUCCAGGCACGUCUUGAGUGGCUCCCGCGGCUCAGCAAACAAGAGACCGACGACCAGUAUCUGCAAAGAGCCCUUCGGGGCGCCCCUGCUCAUGGAUUAACCGUCUUCGGCAAUCGCAUUGCCUGGCGUCACACCAAGACCGACGGCGAACUGCUGCCACGCAUCUGGUGUGUCAGUGAAGUGCCGCGUGAAUGGCACAGCCAUGAGGUCACGCAAUUGCUUGAGCAGGGUUUCACUGAUAUCACCAUCCUCUCACACCGUUUGCAUAGGGGCUCCAUGACCUUUCGUUUUAGGGCCAAGUGCUCGGCGGGGGACAAGGACCUGGUCCCACUCAAUGCCCACGUCGAUGAUUCAGGUCAGCCUAUCGUGCUUUGGGCCGCCCUGGCCCCUGCAAGAACUUUUCAGUCUCAGCAGCGGCGCCUCACGCGAGGCACCGUUCCGCAUGUUCAGCCUGACAAAACAACUAGCCUUGCUGCAGUGCCGGACUCGGCCCAGGGCUCGGAGGAUGUCACAACGGAUGCGAAUGGCAAAGAGCUACCGGCUGCAAAACGAUCACGAGGGUCGACUCGCCUGGUGCCGGAGGGCCUUGAGCGCCGCACAUGUGCCACAGACGGCAACUGCGCUUUUCAUGCCAUUGCUGAGGGUCUCGCCUGGCUCUCCACAGGCAAAGGCGAUAGCAUCAAGGAGUUCAGCCACGUUGAGCUUCGAGCCCGCGCGGCGGCCCAUCUUGAAAAACACCGCCAGGAAUACGAAAGUGAAUGGGAUGGUCUUCUGCCCUGCGGAGGCAAGGACAAAACCUUUGAUGAUUACUUGACGGCAAUCAAGCAGUUGGGGCAAUUUGCCUCUGAGCUUGAGAUUCGCGCUUUGGCCCGAAUCUAUAACACUCGAGUACUUAUCAUCCCGGCGUCAGAUCUCUUCACGCCAAUGGUUUUCCACACCUCGCAGACCCGGCGAAUGUUGGUCCUUUGGCUGGAAAACAAACACUUGGAGUUCCUGAAGCCAAAGGGUGAGAAAACCACGAGCAAGGACUACCCUCAGGAGCACUGGCAGGUCAGCGACGGCCCGGUCAAAGGCAUCCGAGUUGGUGGCUCAGACGAUGCUUCUUCACUCCGAUCGGGCACUGUGUGGACUGCCAAUUCGUCUAAGGUGACGCCGGGCAUUCAUCUCAAGCCCCGAAGCACCAAAGCUGCCAGCAGUGUGCCCCACUCUUUCGAUGCUGGUACGGUUUGGACCAAGUGUGCUGCACGCCCUCUUCCUGCUCCCUUGAAGGCCGCACCUGACUCGCAGCGUUGCAAGAACACUGGCCGAAGGCUCGUUGUCACCUCCAGCCGUGGGCUGGAUCACUGCAACGAGGACCAUGACGACGAUCUCAGCCAAGACCUCUCGGGUUGCGAGCCCGAUGUCCCUGUGAAACGAAAGCAAAUUGCAACUUGCUCGCAUCGUGCCCCCAUCUGCAGGUCAACCAUAACCACUACAAUCGGCAUCAUGGUGGCGCCACGCUUCCGGGGCCCCUUCGACGUCCUCAGAUGCGUGAAGAUCACAGACAACAGCACCACCCAGAGGAUGCCAAGGGCUUCGCUGCAGACUGCCGCCGACGCGCUCUGCAAAAGGUCACGCGCCUUCGCCUCAAACAAUUUGCUGAGAUGCGGCGGUGGGUCCUUGAUCAUGUUGAGGCAGCUGAACAACGGCUACAUUUCGGAGUGGAAAGCGCUGGGUUAUCAUGCCAUGCUUAGCCCGCAGGAGGAGGACAGAGGCUUGCACAGGGUUGCUCUGAUAUCUGCGGCCCCGGCGAAGGCGAUCGCUCUUCCGCUUCAGAAAGCUCGCACCAGGACUGUGGCAGCCCUCGUGGACACCGUUGAGGACUCCUGUGAUGGCACUGUGACUCAACUGCUCCUGAUGGCUUUUUACGGCUAUCCGGGUGACGUCACGGCCACUGCGGAGGCUUUCGAGGAAGUGCUGUCGGCAGCCCUCGCCUUUGGGGGCCGCUUUGCCAUCUGGGGCGACUUCAAUGCUGUGCAACAAGAAGGCCCCUUUCCCCGUGCCUUUGCUAGAGGGCAGGUCCAACCCAUGGACACCACGAUUGAGGCUGAGCAGGUUUGCACCAAUCCCAGGCGCACUAGAAGAAUUGAUUUUGGAGUCUGCCACAGACGCAUUGUGGUGGAUUCUGUGAGUCACUUCGAUUUGCCGCACAUUUCUGAUCAUGUUUCAGUCGUGUAUCAAAUCGCCAUGGACACGAGUUGUGACAGUCACCAAGCCCCGAGGCCGAUGGCCCUACAGCCGCCUGAUGCGGCAACCGUGCAAGAUCUUUUCUUGAAACAUUGGGAUCCGACGGCCUUUGAGGCCCUUGUUCAGGAAGCGUCCUUGGAUGAUGCAUGGGCCAUGCUUUCCGAUGUUGCAGAAAAAGCCCUGAAAGGCACUCCACUUGAUGGCGACCCCGGGAUGUCUCGCAGUGCUAACUGGGAUCCACGCCCCCGUCGGGCGACGGCCUCAAGGGCUGGAGCACAUGGGCACGAGUCCGCGGCCCUCCGAACGGUGAGAAAAUUCUCGGCGCGAAUCCACCAAUUGUGUGCGCAGCAGCACUCUGAGCCACUCAGACGUGCGGUGCAACGCUCCUUGUGCCAGCUUCGCCAUUAUUUUGAAAAUGUCCCUUAUGUUGACUUGCAUUCCCCGUGGCAGGCGGCUGAGUGGGCCAAGCAGGCGUGCCAGGACUUGGAAGCCCAGGAAAAGGAGGCCAAACUGCAGCGCUGGAAGCUGGAUGUUAAAGAUGAUGAGCGUAAGGCUCGGUCCUGGAUCAAGCGAAAAGCUCGGCAGGCGAUUGAUGCAGAGAAGCCGGCGGCUCCUGUUGACAACUUGCCGCAUGCAGUGCACCCUGCUCGCGUGGUGCAACAGCAAAGCCGCGCCUGGAUGCACAAAUGGACCUCCCGCCCCAGAACUCAGGAGCAAGAGAGGCUGCUGACGCAAGUGCUGGACAGUGUGCCGCCAGGCCACCACCACGACAUGACCAUCCAACUUGAAAAUGAUGAUCUCCUGAGGUCCGCCAGGUCCAUGAAAGGGAAAAUGGAAGGUCCGGAUUUUUGGUCCGCUGAUUUUCUUUUGCAGAUGCCGUUAUUGUGGUGGCAGCAUUUUGCCAAACUUUGGACGGCGGUUGUGAACACAUCGGUUGUUCCCCAGGCCUGGCGCAAAUCCUGGGUGCUUCUACUUGAUAAAAAGAUCAAUGAGACGCGGCCAAUAAGCAUCAGCCCCGUUGCAUGGAGGAUUGGAGCAAAGGCCCUGAAUCGCAAACUCCUGCCCUGGCUCAACUCCUUCCUUGAUCACCGUGCCCUGGGGUCUGCCCCGCACAGAUCGGCCAGUGAUGUGCACGCCAGGCUCUACCUGGCCAUGCAGCAAAACUGCAGUACCUUUGUGCAACAAGAUCUUAGUUCCUUCUUCGAUUCACUUGACCAUAAUGCGAUGGCUCGCGCCCUGACGAGGCUCGGAGCCCCUAGCUGUUUUGUGAACCUUUUUAGAGCCUUCUACACCGACUCUCGUCGUCUGUUUCGAGUGGCCUCAUACUUCACGCCUAGCUGGCAAACAGCCACCCAGGGAUGCCUGCAAGGCUGUCCGCUCAGCCCCACGGUGGCCCUGUGCUAUGGAUUCAUAUGGAGCCAGUACUGCGCCACCAGCUCUGUUGAAUGUGCAAUUUAUGUGGAUGAUAGAAUUCUGUGGCCCAGGCAACCUGCCACGGAGUCUGCUGGGCGAGCGCUCGCCGAAGCCCUCGACAAAAGUGACCUUGUGGAUAAAGCUUUUGGGCUGAGCUGCCGUCCCGAAAAAUGCGCUUUGGUUGCCCCUGCAGGCGACCAAACGCUCCAGGCACUCUGGCAUCGCAAGUACCCCAGGCAGACUGCCCUGCAUACGCUGGGAAUUGUGAUCGAUGUUGACACGCGUGAGUCCACCCUGCUCAAGCUCUCCUUGAAAAUGGUUCUCUUGAGACUGCGAUACAUUCGCAUGCUCAACUCGCCGAUCGACCUGCAGCGGAGGCUGAUCCGACCUGCGAUGUCCUGCAGAGGUGCGGGUGGCGAGUCGCUGAAGAUGGAGGGGGCGCACCUCACUUGGAAUUGCGAUGUCUUGACGCCUGUUUCCGUUCUGGGACAACUGCCACGCACCAGAGCAGGCGAGAGACUGUUCGCUGCUGAGGUCCCGGAGUUUCCACCGGCCGUUGGUGGGGACCCCUGGAGAGAUGCGGCGGCCGCCCUUGCACGCCGACUGGAUGAUGUCACCCUUUCGGCCCCCGAGAAUGGUUGUGGCGAUGUCCUCCUCGCGACUGAUGGCUCUAGCAAGCAUCAGGUGGGCUCGGCGGCGGUGGUGCAUGGUGAUGCUCACUUCGUUGCCACUGACAACAAUGAGGACCAGAUGCCUUUCACUUGCGAACUCAAAGCCCUGCGACUCGUAUCGGCUGCCCUCCUUCAGGUGACUGUCAUCGCUGGGCGCCGCUUCUGUGUGCUGUCAGACUGCCAAGGGGCCCUUGAUGCUCUUGAGAACCCUCUUCAGUGUGCACUGCCCCUGCUUGCUGCAGAAGUCUCGCGAAAUCUCCAGUCCGCCAGGGCCCUGGGCCACCAAGUUGACCUUGCUUGGAUACCCUCCCAUGGCAAACAACAGAGUUGGAAGCCUCCGGCGAGCUGGAUUUUCUCGGUUGCAGUGUGCCGCGCCUUGAAUGACCAAGCGGACAGGGCGGCUGAAACCGCUCGUGAAGCACAUGCUGCCAGGUGUUCGAGGGUCCAGUGGUGGUCCCAGUGGCAGGCUGCAAAAGAAUGGGAAAUGGCUGCCAUCAAGCACUCGGCUGCUGCAGCCGGUGCUUUGGAUGCCCAUUAUCGCCGGGCCAUGGAACCGGAGCCCUGUUUCACUGGUUCACAAGAGGAGAGUCUUGAGUGGGACUUCGGCAAGCUCAUGCUCUUCCACGUGUGCAUAUGUCUCCACGGGACUGAGCCCGGGCAACGGUUGGCCCCAACAACCGGCGAACAUUCUCCACCGAGCGCCAUGGCUCCGUCCUCCGGCGGUGCGCGGUGCGGCUUUUUGGCAGACAUUACACGACGCUGGCUCCUCAUGGAGCGCACUCUUCACGAAGGUCCUUCUGGCUUGGGGAAGGAAGGGCGACUUUCUAGCAAUAUGGCUGGCUUGGGAAGCUGGUCAAAGGGGAUGGCAUCCGCAGAGCUUGGGGCUCUGGAUGCCCUUGAGUUCCGAGUUGCUCUCCAGACCUUGGUUGGCGAGAUCCUCGUGAAGAAGAGACAAAGAGCCGCCCUCUUGGCACGGUUCAAGUGGCCCUACCUGUGCCACAGCUGGUUGUGGAGCGAUGGGCAUGCCUACGGCAUCUGCGGCGAGACAACCACUGAGGAUGAGUUUGCUGCUCUGGGUGGCAACCUUGCUUUAGUGUCACAGACUCCGGCUAACGAGCGGCCAGCUGGGCCACGCAAAGGUCCCAAGGGCACUGAGCGCUCCAAGGGCGGUGGCAAGCACCCAGCCAAGCGUGAUGCCACGCCUGCCAAAUCACGUGAAGACCCCGCUGGUCCUUUGCAUGCAGCGCAACCGCAGCCCUCCCGAGGCAAAGGCAAAGGCAGCCCCACGGCGCAGCCCUCCGGCUCAGGAUGGAAUCUGGUCACCCGCAAGCCCAAGGAGGAGGGAGAGUUUCAGCUCCGAGCCCAAGAUUGGACAGCCCCUUUAGUUGCUUACUCCAGCUUGGGAAAUCUCAUCGACAAGGCCGCACCAGGUGAGGUCAUCAAGGGCGUGGUGUUUGCCACCAAACCCCAGCUUGACACUGCCACUGCCAUGCUGAAGUCGUCUGGCAAGCCGUUUGCCAUGUUGCACAUUUAUCUUGAUAAAGGCACCAAUGCUAAGCGUAUCCCAGGUCGUAUUGGUGAUGCUCUGCGAUUCCGCACAGCCCAGGUGAUUCAGGUGAACAGUGCCAAGGAACACCUCACCCCGGAUCCACAGGGCCUGAAAGCCCCGGUGAAGGUCAAAUCACUCCAGACCUCCCUGGUCUACAUGCGCAUUCCCAAGGUGUUUGCCAGCGAGCAAACCUGGAAGGAUUUCAAGGGCAAUGCUGCCAAGGCUUGCAUGCAGUGGGCCGGUUCUCAUCAUGUGCAAGGAGUUGACGCUUUUGGUUGGGUUGAAGAGCAGAUCAAGACCACCAAGACGUCGCAACUGUUUGGCCUGCUCAGGGUCCCCUCUGCUGAUGUUGGUACCCUGCUGGGCCGUUCUGGCCAACGAGGGAUCUUUGUUGAACCAGCCCGUCGGGAUGUUGUUCAGGCGCGUCUUGAGUGGCUCCCGCGGCUCAGCAAACAAGAGACCGACGACCAGUAUCUGCAAAGAGCCCUUCGGGGCGCCCCUGCUCAUGGAUUAACGGUCUUCGGAAAUCGCAUUGCCUGGCGCCACACCAAGACCGAUGGCGAACUGCUGCCACGCAUCUGGUGUAUCAGUGAAGUGCCGCGUGAAUGGCACAGCCAUGAGGUCAUGCAAUUGCUUGAGCAGGGCUUCACGGAUAUCACCAUCCUCUCCCACCGUUUGCAUAGGGGCUCCAUGACCUUUCGUUUUAGGGCCAAGUGCUCGGCGGGGGACAAGGACCUGGUCCCACUCAAUGCCCACGUCGAUGAUUCAGGUCAGCCUAUUGUGCUUUGGGCCGCCCUGGCCCCCGCAAGAACUUUCCAGUCUCAGCAGCGGCGCCUCACGCGAGGCACCGUUCCGCAUGUUCAGCCUGACAAAACAACUAGCCUUGCUGCAGUGCCGGAUUCGGCCCAGGGCUCGGAGGAUGUCACAACGGAUGCGAAUGGCAAAGAGCUACCGGCUGCAAAACGAUCACGAGGGUCGACUCGCCUGGUGCCGGAGGGCCUUGAGCGCCGCACAUGUGCCACUGACGGCAACUGCGCUUUUCAUGCCAUUGCUGAGGGUCUCGCCUGGCUCUCCACAGGCAAAGGCGAUAGCAUCAAGGAGUUCAGCCACGUUGAGCUUCGAGCCCGCGCGGCGGCCCAUCUUGAAAAACACCGCCAGGAAUACGAAAGUGAAUGGGAUGGUCUUCUGCCCUGCGGAGGCAAGGACAAAACCUUUGAUGAUUACUUGACGGCAAUCAAGCAGUUGGGGCAAUUUGCCUCUGAGCUUGAGAUUCGCGCUUUGGCCCGAAUCUAUAACACUCGAGUACUUAUCAUCCCGGCGUCAGAUCUCUUCACGCCAAUGGUUUUCCACACCUCGCAGACCCGGCGAAUGUUGGUCCUUUGGCUGGAAAACAAACACUUGGAGUUCCUGAAGCCAAAGGGUGAGAAAACCACGAGCAAGGACUACCCUCAGGAGCACUGGCAGGUCAGCGACGGCCCGGUAAAAGGCAUCCGAGUUGGUGGCUCAGACGAUGCUUCUUCACUCCGAUCGGGUACUGUGUGGACUGCCAAUUCGUCUAAGGUGACGCCGGGCAUUCAUCUCAAGCCCCGAAGCACCAAAGCUGCCAGCAGUGUGCCCCACUCUUUCGAUGCUGGUACGGUUUGGACCAAGUGUGCUGCACGCCCUCUUCCUGCUCCCUUGAAGGCCGCACCUGACUCGCAGCGUUGCAAGAACACUGGCCGACGGCUCGUUGUCACCUCCAGCCGUGGGCUGGAUCACCACAACGAGGACCAUGACGAUGAUCUCAGCCAAGACCUCUCGGGCCUGCUGAUGGUGUUUUUCACUGCAGACUGUGUCCUUUCAAGCGUGCUACUGCUAGCUUGGCACAGUAUCGCCAAGUCAACCAUAAUCACUACAACCGGCAUCAUGGUGGAGCCACGCUUCCGGGGCCCCUUCGACGUCCUCAGGUUAGAGCAACCAUCACCAGACACGUGUUUUCCCAGAUGCGUGAAGAUCACAGACAACAGCACCACCCAGAGGAUGCCAAAGGCUUCGCUGCAGACUGCCGCCGACGCGCUCUGCAAAAGGCGGUGGGUCCUUGAUCAUGUUGAGGCAGCUGAGCAACGGUUGUACUUGAGUGCCAUUGAUGGGGCUAUCCAAGCUGUCCAAAAGCGCUACAUUUCGGAGUGGAAAGCGCUGGGUUAUCAUGCCAUGCUUAGCCCGCAGGAGGAGGACAGAGGCUUGCACAGGGUUGCUCUGAUAUCUGCGGCCCCGGCAAAGGCGAUCGCUCUUCCGCUUCAGAAGGCUCGCACCAGGACUGUGACAGCCCUCGUGGACACCGUUGAGGACUCCUGUGAUGGCACUGUGACUCAACUGCUCCUGAUGGCUUUUUACGGCUAUCCGGGUGACGUCACGGCCACUGCGGAGGCUUUCGAGGAAGUGCUGUCGGCAGCCCUCGCCUUUGGGGGCCGCUUUGCCAUCUGGGGCGACUUCAAUGCUGUGCAACAAGAAGGCCCCUUUCCCCGUGCCUUUGCUAGAGGGCAGGUCCAACCCAUGGACACCACGAUUGAGGCUGAGCAGGUUUGCACCAAUCCCAGGCGCACUAGAAGAAUUGAUUUUGGAGUCUGCCACAGACGCAUUGUGGUGGAUUCUGUGAGUCACUUCGAUUUGCCGCACAUUUCUGAUCAUGUUUCAGUCGUGUAUCAAAUCGCCAUGGACACGAGUUGUGACAGUCAUCAAGCCCCGAGGCCGAUGUCCCUACAGCCGCCUGAUGCGGCAACCGUGCACGAUCUGUUCUUGAAACAUUGGGAUCCGACGACCUUUGAGGCCCUUGUUCAGGAAGCGUCCUUGGAUGAUGCAUGGGUCAUGCUUUCCGAUGUUGCAGAAAAAGCCCUGAAAGGCACUCCACUUGAUGGCGACCCCGGGAUGUCUCGCAGUGCUCACUGGGAUCCACGCCCCCGUCGGGCGACGGCCUCAAGGGCUGGAGCACAUGGGCACGAGUCCGCGGCCCUCCGAACGGUGAGAAAAUUCUCGGCGCGAAUCCACCAAUUGUGUGCACAGCAGCACUCUGAGCCACUUAGACGUGCGGUGCAACGCUCCUUGUGCCAGCUUCGCCAUUAUUUUGAAAAUGUCCCUUAUGUUGACUUGCAUUCCCCGUGGCAGGCGGCUGAGUGGGCCAAACAGGCGUGCCAGGACUUGGAAGCCCAGGAAAAGGAGGCCAAACUGCAGCGCUGGAAGCUGGAUGUUAAAGAUGAUGAGCGUAAGGCUCGGUCCUGGAUCAAGCGAAAAGCUCGGCAGGCGAUUGAUGCAGAGAAGCCGGCGGCUCCUGUUGAAAACUUGCCGCAUGCAGUGCACCCUGCUCGCGUGGUGCAACAGCAAAGCCGCGCCUGGAUGCACAAAUGGACCUCCCGCCCCAGAACUCAGGAGCAAGAGAGGCUGCUGACGCAAGUGCUGAACAGUGUGCCGCCAGGCCACCACCACGACAUGACCAUCCAACUUGAAGCUGAUGAUCUCCUGAGGUCCGCCAGGUCCAUGAAAGGGAAAAUGGAAGGUCCGGAUUUUUGGUCCGCUGAUUUUCUUUUGCAGAUGCCGUUAUUGUGGUGGCAGCAUUUUGCCAAACUUUGGACGGCGGUUGUGAACACAUCGGUCGUUCCCCAGGCCUGGCGCAAAUCCUGGGUGCUUCUACUUGAUAAAAAGAUCAAUGAGACGCGGCCAAUAAGCAUCAGCCCCGUUGCAUGGAGGAUUGGAGCAAAAGCCCUGAAUCGCAAACUCCUGCCCUGGCUCAACUCCUUCCUUGAUCACCGUGCCCUGGGGUCUGCCCCGCACAGAUCGGCCAGUGAUGUGCACGCCAGGCUCUACCUGGCCAUGCAGCAAAACUGCACUACCUUUGUGCAACAAGAUCUUAGUUCCUUCUUCGAUUCACUCGACCAUAAUGCUAUGGCUCGCGCCCUGACGAGGCUCGGAGCCCCUAGCUGCUUUGUGAACCUUUUUAGAGCCUUCUACACCGACUCCCGUCGUCUGUUUCGAGUGGCCUCAUACUUCACGCCUAGCUGGCAAACAGCCACCCAGGGAUGCCUACAAGGCUGCCCGCUCAGCCCCACGGUGGCCCUGUGCUAUGGUUUCAUUUGGAGCCAGUACUGCGCUACCAGCUCUGUUGAAUGUGCAAUCUAUGUGGAUGAUAGAAUUCUGUGGCCCAGGCAACCUGCUACGGAGUCCGCUGGGCGAGUGCUCGCCGAAGCUCUCGACAAAAGUGACCUUGUGGAUAAAGCUUUUGGGCUGAGCUGCCGUCCCGAAAAAUGCGCGUUGGUCGCCCCUGCAGGCGACCAAACGCUCCAGGCACUCUGGCAUCGCAAGUACCCCAGGCAGACUGCACUGCAUACGCUGGGAAUUGUGAUUGAUGUUGACACUCGCGAGUCCACCCUGCUCAAGCUCUCCUUGAAAAUGGUUCUCUUGAGACUGCGAUACAUUCGCAUGCUCAACUCGCCGAUCGACAUGCAGCGGAGGCUGAUCCGACCCGCGAUGUCCUGCAGAGGUGCGGGUGGCGAGUCGCUGAAGAUGGUUAUGAUCAAUGAGGAGAGAAAUCUUGCCGUGAAUAAGUGGCUCAGCCUUGUCAUGGUCGAGCCCUUGACCUUCGGUGUAGCUAGGAACUUCUACGCCGGCAAAGCGUCAGGGAUCUCUUCAGGAUCGCUUGCAGACAGCAUUUCGGAUUGCCUUGCUGCCAAGGCUACUUCGACGAUCAAUGCCAGGGCGAAUUGCUUGUUGCGGUUUGUUUCUUGGGCAAAGGGGAACAUGCCGUUUGUUUUUCCCUUGACCGAGCAUGCUGUCUACGCAUACUUCGAGGAGAAGAAAUCCACAGCAGCGGCAACUUCGUUCAGGGGCCUUCUCUCUUCGGUUGCUUUCGCUCAGCAUGUGGUAGGCCUGGAAGGGUGUGACAAGGUUUACACUUCGGGUCGUGUCCGCGGCCUUGCGUCGAAGCUUUACAUGCAGAAGAGGAAGCUCAAGCAACGGAAUCCUCUGAGGGUCUCCGAUGUCAUUCUUCUUGAAAGGAUUUGUUGCAAGCUUGAAGACAGGUCUUUGCAGGACCGUGUCGCUGCAGGCUUCUUUCUCUUCUUGAUUUAUGCAAGAGCACGAUACAGUGACGGGCAAAACGUGGCAUCGCUGACUGAUUCGCCGCUCUACUUGGAGUGCAGUGUGGGCAGGUCCAAGACUAGUUUCACUUUGGAACGCAAGACCAGGUACUUGCCAAUGGCUGCCAGGAAAGUGGGCAUCAAGUGUGCAUGGGCCGAUGCGUGGCUUGACGCUUUGGCAGAGGCGGGUCUUGCGAUCAAGCCGAACGACCCGCUGCUUCCCUGCCCUUCUUCGAAUGGUUCGUGGAAGAUGAUCCCGCUUCCGUGCGAUCAGGCUUGCUCGUGGCUCAGGAGCCUGCUAGGGAACGCUCAGAGCGAUCCCUACCUUGCAAAUGUGGGGACACAUAGCCUUAAGAGGACUCUGCUGAGUUGGGCAAGCAAGCGUGGUCUGCCCCGAGAACAGAGGGCCCUCCUGGGGUAUCACACGUCCCGAGCCUCAGGUGCGGGGUCAGAGCUGAUCUAUGAGUCCGACGCCCAGUCGGCUCCGCUCAGGGCUUUGUCAACUAUGAUCGACGAGGUGUCAUCGGGGGCCUUCAAGCCCGACAAACCAAGGGGGCAGCAGCUUGCUUCCGAGCUGUCGGCGCAUGCCGAUCCCCCUGGCGACGAGAUCGAGUCAUCAGACUCGGAGGGCUCCGAGGACGAGGAGGAGAUCGACCACUCGGGCGAUGAAGCUUGUGUUGCCGAGGCUUUGGACUGGCAUGGGAAGGUCGACCUUGACAAGAUUGAUCCCUCGUGUGUUUUCUUUCGGCAUCGCCAAUCCAGGGUAGUGCACAUCACUGCCGACGAAGCCGGUGCCAACCUAGGCUGCGGUAGGACCAUUUCGGGUCAGUACAGGAAGCUGGAGGUCGGUUUGGCAUCUGCGGAUAUCGAAAAACUCGAGAAGGUGGGUGUGGAUUCACUCGCAAAGGUCGCUUUCAUGACGAGCUACACGCCGGGCUCUGGCGAUGACAAGGACCUCAUUGCGGCGUUCGAGUCGGCCCUCGGGACGCCGCCCUCUGUAGGGCAGAAAAGCUCCUUCCGAAGGUUAUUUCAUGAAGCAUAUGCUGUUACCACUUCGGAAAUGAAGAUGCUUGUGGAGCGGACGGAUGAAUCCAUCCCAAGAAAAUUGAGCGUCCCGGAGAGAUCUGAGAGGUUCGAGGUAGUGAGCAAACGCCUUGUGGGCCUUUCGAUCAAGAACCGUCUUGAGCCUGCCGAUAGCCUCGUCGACUCCUUCGUGUCCCAGUAUGAACAGGACAAGCUGCAGUUUGUCCCGUGGGAGAAGCUUGUUUCCAAAGAACAAGAGGCCUCGACAGGGGCAAAGCGAGAGCCUUUCUUCUCGCUGGACAGUACGGGCAAGCUCAGGUCGGAGACAAAAGUUGAGGUCCGUGCCGAUACGAGCACGGAGCUGCUCUUGCAGCUCGCGCUUCAGAGGCGCGGCAUCGCUAUGGAGAUGGCGAACAUCCUUGACUACCAUCGUCACCACAUGUGGGUUGAGCGCCUUCUUGCGGCGCGCCUCGACGCACCUCCGUCGACGCACAUGCAGCCCACGCUUGAUCAGUGUCAGCAGGCUGACAGGAAGCUUUGGCAGCUUCUCGGAGAAGCGACUCGCUCUGGCAUCCAGCUCAAAGCUGGGGGGCGUCCAUUGGACGCCAUCUUCGAAGACACAUGGCAGUCACCAGAGGUCCUUCAUUUGCUUCAGCCCAUGCCUCGGGCAGCAGGCGCUUCAGUCACGCAGCAGGUGGCACCGCCGCCGAGGCCGCACGGGCCGGGCCCGUAUGAUCGCCCAGGCAAAGGCCGAAAGGGCACAGGGAAGGGUGCCAAGGGCACCAAAGGAUCCGGAAAGGUUCCCGACUUCGUAUUGCGCCUGAACUCAGUUUUCAAGGAGCUUCUGCCUCAAGCUUCCUGGAAUGCAAUCUGCGUGGGCAGGAAUACUUUGUCAGAUUUCCACAGGGACUCAGGGAACCAAACAGGUUCGCUGAACCACACUUUCACGCUUGGCACCUUCACUGGCGGCCAGCUUUGGCUCGAAGAUGCGUCGGGCACUUCUCAAGCCACUGUCGCAGGCGACAAUCACAUCAGGGGUAAAAUCGUAGACACGUUUUGUUGCCCCACUAGUUUCCCGUGCAACUUGUGGCAUAAGACGAUGCCCUUCACAGGUGAGAGGUGGGUCGUCACACUCUACACUCUUUCAGGUGGGCAACCCGCCACGUUGCUCCCAUUGGGUUUUCCGUGUGAUCCUGCUGCCGCGGCGCAACAGCUCCCUCCGCCUCUUCAGCCUGUUUUGCCGUUGGAGUGUGCACCUUCUGGGUCUAGCCCUUCUGCCCCCGCUCCUUUGGGUUCUAGUCCCGCCUCACCCGCCGACCCUCCUUGCAAACGCUUGAAAUCGCAAGCUCAAGCCGAGCCUACCCCCAGAAAUGAGAAACCGCUGUUUCUGGAAAUCUGUAGUGGGUCUGCUAUGCUGUCUUAUGUUGCCAAAGAGGCCGGAUACACAGCCGUGCCCAUCGACUGGCAUCACAACAAACAGCGGGCGUGUGUGCACACCUUACAGCUCGACUUGCGCCUGGCCAGCACUUGGUCUUUCUUGCGACGCAUUUGCUCCGAGUACGAUGUUGCUUGGGUGCACAUGGCUCCUCCAUGCGGCACACAUGCAUGGGUGGCCGACUCGAACAUUGCCACUAUCAUGCCUUCAACUGGAGAUCAACCUCUGGUCCAAGACACGCAGCUACAGCAGGAUGCCAGCCAGUACACGUGGACCAAGGUGCUUCACAUGUGGCGUACAAAACAUGACUUCAAGAAUGUGUGUGUGUUCUGUGGUCAAUGGGCAGUGGAUGCCAGUGCUCUCAAACAGCAUUAUGCCAAGCAGCAUCAGGCAUUAACCAAUCCGUGGAUCGCAGCAUAUCGGGCCGAGUGUAAGCAGCUAGCUAAAGUUGCCGUCGAAAUGGAGGACAUGCCGGACUUCGAUGCCGACAGCCAGAUCCAGAGCCUCCUCGGGGGCCUCUCCUCAGUCGUGGAUCUCAAACCACUUCUGAAUCCAACGCCAACACCGGCGCGCAAUCAGUCCCAUCUGACCAACAAGCGUCCGAGGGCGGAACAGUGGACUCGAGGCACCGGGAGCAAGGGCGGCGGAAAGGGCAAAGGAAUGGCCUCCAACGGUACUUUAUCACAGGAGGAUCUUCAACAGCUCCUCAGGCAGAUCGUCGUCCUUCUCCUACGCCAAGGCGACCAACUCAAUCGGCUACAGACGGAUACCGGAUACUAUUUGGUCUUUCAAGUCCCGGGCGACGCCACCAUGGUACCAGUUCUGAUUGCGGGAGCACUCGAAUGGCGCAAUCAGAAGAAGGCCGACCCGACCAAGCUCACCAUGUCUCUCCGCAUAGCCCUCAUCGGACUCUUCCUCAAGGAGCUUCAGAUGCGUCUGGAAAAGAUCCGGGCCAACGACCAACUUCAGGAGAAGCUCAAGGAGCAAGGCCUGAUGACGGACGAAGGUGCUUGGACAUAUCGCCAAUGGUGUCCAAAGAACAAGGCACUUCAGCCACAGCUCAGCAGGGAUCCGAUCAAGUGGGACGUCCUGAUGACACACAUCACGAAUGCUCUCCAAGGACUGAACAAUCAGGACCACAUCACACGAUUUCAGGCGACCAAAGCCUUGGAAGAAGGACAGAUGGGUCCCACCCUUCCAUUCCUUCUGGACAUCUCGCUCAAGCCGAGUGCGUGCCGUCUACACCAGAGCAUGAGGGCAUUGGUGGACUGCUCGGCCAUGGAAGCAGUCGGUCACUACAGAACGCUGCUGAUUCACUGGGAGUCCACCCAGGAAGAUCCCCAGUUGUAUUACACAGAUGCGAGAGUGGACAGUGCAAACACCAUUUAUGAUAGCAUGGCCGCCUUCUGUGACUGGCUGCUGCAUGCCAUGCCGCAUGUUCCCUUCUCCGUUGAAAACCCUCUUCACAGUUACCUGUGGCAGCUCCCGACGUGGGCCGAGCUGCUCGCCAAGCACUCCUUCGUCACAUUCGACUCGUGCCGCCACGGGUCACAACGCAAGAAGGCCACCGCCCUCCUCACAAAUUCGGAGCUUCUGCACUGCCUUUCGGGCCCAUGCCCGGGAUGCUCCUCGCACUUGCCGUGGGGUAAGCUGGGCCAUACUUUUGCGACAGCUGAGGAGACGGGCUAUCCCAAACUUCUUUGCGAAAGGAUUGUCUCAUGCGUGGAUAAGUCAGCUGCAUCACGAGGGAUUGCGCCUGAACGCCUAGUGGCCUCCAAGGUUUCUGCUGCGCGUGCCGCAGGUCAGGUGCAACCUCGUGGCCGCAAGUUUCCGCCAAUCAUUUCUGAAUUUGCUUACACUAUGUCAGUCGCCAGUGCUGCGGCUCCCACUCUCAACUCCAAGCACUGCCUUUCGGCUUCUUGGCACGGCGUCCCUGCAGGCGCCAAGCUCCUCCGGGAGUCAGUUGAAAGGGGAGGUUCGCGACUCCCAGAGGGGAACAAGUUCUACACUUUUGGCGUCUAUCGAUCCAUGCAAGCUUUCUUGAACGAGGCAAAGUUGGUUGUGCACCCCUUCGAUUCUGCCAAAUCACUUCCAGAUGAACUUUUGCGAGUCUUGUUUGACACUCUUACGAAGAGCCCGGUUGACACCAUGAAGCACCGUCUUUUGAAGCUACAACAGUGGCGAGCCCUCGCCAGGCAGCUUGAUCCCGAAGAAGAGAAAAUCAGAUCGGCGAUGGACCCUUGUGUGCGGAAGGUCCUUAGUUGUAAGCGCAUCGCACUCAUGAAGAGGAUCGCCGCCGACUUGUCGUGGCCUGACACGGCCCUCUUCGAUGACCUGGCUGCCGGCUUUAAGCUAACGGGAUACUUGGGGCGUACGGGUGUAUUCGCUAGUGAUGUCAAACCUGCCACGAUGGACCUUGACGAUUUCUGGGCAAGUGCUCCCUUCCGGAGGGAAACCCUGCUUGAAAAAGUCAGAGCCCAGAAGGACCAUGACUAUGCCGAAGAGCUUUGGGACAUGACGCUUGAGGAGUCUAACAGAUCGGGGAAGUGCUGGCUUGACGGCCCGAUCGACGUUGACUCUUUGGGGGACAAGUUCCCUGAAGGCUGGAACGCCUGCCGGCGUUUUGCAGUCUGGCAGGGCAAGUGGCGUGCGAUCGAUGACUUCUCGGAAGCCGCUGUGAACUCUUGUUUCGGAUGCUUUGAACGUGUUACUCUCAAGGCCCUCGAUGAGAUUUGCUGGCUGUGCAUGCAAGUUUGCCGUGCGGCAAAAUCUUCAGGAUCCCUCGAUCUUGAGCUCAGCACCGGUGAGAGACUCAAGGGACCCCUCCAUACGGCUUGGAAGGACCCUGACCGUGUCCGUCCUCACUGCAAAACUUACGAUCUUCAAGCUGCCUACAAGCAGCUCGCACUGCACCCUAGCGAGAGGCCGAAAUCCGUUAUCCUGCUCAGGGAGCCGGGCUCCCGCGCCGUCAAGGCCUUUGUGUGCAACACUCUUCCUUUCGGAGCUUCAGCCUCGGUCAUGCAGUUUAACAGGGUUGCAUUAUUCCUGCAGAGGGUUCUUUGGGAUUUGAGGGUGGCCGUAACUUGCUACUAUGACGAUUUCCCGACAAUGACCCCUUCGUUCUUGUCUGGCGGGACUGACAAUGCAGUUCAUGCCCUCAUGGACCUGUUUGGCUUCUCCUUGUCCGAGAAAGAAAAGCCGUUCUCGUGCACUGCAGAAACGCUGGGUGUCGUGCUGGAUACCUCCGAUCCUGACAUGGGCCGCAUCUUCGUAUCGAACAAGCCCGAACGAGCUGCCAUGCUUGAACAGUCCUUGGGCCGCAUCCUUGAAAAGGGCCAGGUAGACACGCGGGAGCUGCCAUCCCUUCUUGGAAAGCUUCGCUUCGCAGAUGCUCAGCUGCUUGGUCGCACAGGGCGAUUGGCCCUGGCCGACCUUAGGCUCUUCGGUGACAGAGGGGGUGUCUUGAACCUUACGGAUACUCAAUCGAAUGCCUUGGCUGUUCUGAGGGCAAGACUUCUUGCGAGCAGGCCGCGUGCCAUUGUGACGAGCCCUGCCUCGAACCCAGUCCUCAUCUUCACAGAUGGCGCAUGCGACCCUUGCGAGGGCGGCUUCAGUACUGGGGUCGAGCUUUACGCGGUCGUGCUUGCCAGGAUCCUGUGGUCGAGUUACAUUGAUGGCGAACGAUGCAUAUUUUUCGUCGACCAUUCCGGCGUCUUGAGUGCUUGCAUCAACUCGAACUCGAUCGAUGCAUCUUGGAGGAGUCUCCUUCUUCACUUGGAGGCCGCCGAUGAAGCACGCCCGUGCUUGCCGUGGUUUCAUCGUGUACCGAGCCAGAGCAACAUCGCGGAUCCGCCAUCCCGAGGCAGAUGGGAGGAGCUGGCAUUCCUUGGUCCCGUCACUCGUGACGUCCCGGAGUUUCCGCCGGCCUUUGGUGGGGACCCCUGGAGAGGUGCGGCGGCCGCCCUCGCACGCCGACUGGAUGACGUCACCCUUUCGGCCCCUGAGAAUGGCUGUGGCGAUAUCCUCCUCGCGACUGAUGGCUCUAGCAAGCAUCAGGUGGGCUCGGCGGCGGUGGUGCAUGGUGAUGCUCACUUCGUUGCCACUGACAACAAUGAGGACCAGAUGCCCUUCACUUGCGAACUCAAAGCCCUGCGACUUGUUUCGGCCGCUUUCCUUCAGGUGACUGUCAUCGCUGGGCGCCGCUUCUGUGUGCUGUCAGACUGCCAAGGGGCCCUAGAUGCUCUUGAGAACCCUCUUCAAUGUGCGCUGCCUCUGCUCGCUGCAGAAGUCUCGCGAAAUCUGCAGUCUGCCAGGGCCCUGGGUCACCAAAUUGACCUUGCUUGGAUACCCUCGCAUGGCAAACAACAAAGUUGGAAGCCUCCGGCGAGCUGGAGUUUCUCGGUUGCAGAGUGCCGCGCCUUGAAUGAUCAAGCGGACAGGGCGGCUGAAACCGCUCGUGAAGCUCAUGCUGCCAGGUGUCGGAGGGUCCAGUGGUGGUCCCGGUGGGAGGCUGCAAAAGAAUGGGAAAUGGCUGCCAUCAAACACUCAGCUGCUGCAGCUGGUGCUUUGGAUGCCCAUUACCGCCGGGCCAUGGAGCCGGCCGCCGCAGACCAAGAUGGUGUAGGAUAG